ACUGCUCUAGAGCCGAGGCUUUGCCCACUGCAUACCCGCAUAUUCCGAGUUGUGCACGCGUACAAUCUGGUCUUUUUCAGUACAUUGCUCCUUUUUAAAGCUGCCUUUGUACAAUCGUUCGCUUUACUCUACUGUUUUAACCAGUCUUGUCUCUCUGGCCAAUUACAUCGCUACCUGUUUAACCCCGCUAGAGUGAAAUCCUUCGGAGCCAACUUAGCCCGCGCGCCUUACAUACUACCACACCAUCACCUAUUUCUUUGCCCUGCAUAUAAAAGCCUGUUGUACCGACGGGCUGUGCUGAUAUGGGCGAGGCGGCUAUAGCAGAUUCAGAGACUACUGCAGCAGCAUCACCGCCCGUCACAAGCACCGACAGCAGCCACGCCGAUCUAGACUCCGACCUGCCGCACACUGCAUCGGCCCUCGGCGAAGUGCUCCCUCUAGACGCGUCGUCCUACUACGAUGCUGAUACCAUGGCCGGCUUAAAUCCUUUCUCGUUGGCCGCCAUCAACCGUCUGCGCGCAUACAGACCACCAACCUUCCCGCUAUGGGACAAGCUUCCCGUCCGCAAGAGAGCGGCCGUCUUGAUCCUAUUGUACGCUGAUAGAUGGGGCGACUUGCGCGUCGUCAUCACUAUGCGAGCUGCCAACUUGCGCAGCUUUUCGGGCCAUGCCGCACUUCCCGGUGGCAAGGCGGACAGCACCGCAGAGACACCUUAUCAAAUCGCAAGGCGAGAAGCGUACGAAGAAAUCGGUCUCCCCAUGGACGAUUUGCGUUUCCCGAAACCCUUCCGUAUAGAGGAGCUAUGCCAUCUCCCUCCAGUCCUCGCCAGAACACAUCUAGUCGUGACUCCCUGUGUUGCCUUUUUACACGCUGAUGAGGGCAAAUCUACUGCUACAGUAGAGGAUAGCCUCGUGCCUCGCCUCGAUGCUCGUGAAGUCGCCGCCGUCUUCAGUGCCCCAUUCUACAACUUUCUCAAGCAGGCCGACCUGCCUCCCCAGCCGGGCCAUGUUCUGCCACCAGGCGACUGGUAUGAGGGCCAAUGGCUUGAUUGGAAAGAGACGCGCUGGCGCUCUCACAACUUUUUUGUUCCCGUCAACAACCAAAAGGUAUCGACUCCUCGACGGGACAGCGAGCAGAGUAGCGAGGAGCAAGGGGAUAUUGAAGACCUCGAAGGCCGUUUCCGUGUUUGGGGCAUGACUGGUAGAGUCUUAGUUGACGCUGCAAGAAUUGCAUACAACGAAGAACCCGAAAUUGAGCACAACAGCACCUAUGGCGAUACGGACAUUAUUCUGAAAGCUGACGCUGACGGAGCGUUCACUGAAGACCCUGAGCCUUCCAAGAUUUAGACUGUCGAUUCGUUUCAUAUUUCACAUUUGUAGAGGCGCUUUCGUUUUUUGUUUGUAAAUUUGCGCGACCUUCACAGGACGCUUCUUGGGUAUUGACUUUCCUGUAUCGACUACUACUGCGUAACUAAUAGAUGGCUCAUUGCAAUGCAUCGCGCGCUCUUGACAUAAGAGCUACAUGCUGCUCAUGGUUCUCCACUCUACCCCGAUCUUAUACCUACUAAUGGCACGCGUUGUCCUUGGUAGACGAUGUCGUGUGGCCAAAGAGGACAUAUCCAAUAAAUGCGCCGAGCGUAACCGCAAUCAUGACCCAACCGUUGUAUGUCAUAAAGACAAGCCUACGCCGAGUCAGCGCUAUCUUGAGUCUAGGACUCACCAAGAUAGAGAUACUUACAUGAGCAUAAAGGCGUAAAAGUUUUGCAGAGCGUAGAUGGCAGCCUUGGUAUAGUGGUUCUUGCGGCUGGCCUCCUCUGCAAGUUGUCCUGGUGCGAGGAAGGGGGUUGUCUCAGUAAGGCGUUCGUUGUCGUCUCGAUUGUCAUACACGUAAGUCUCUUGAGCAUAUUCCAAGUCAUGUUUGUUCCUUAUUUUUAGGCGCUUGCAAUCCAACGGGAGAUGCAGAAAGAAGACGACAUAAAAGAAAAACGAGCACAGACAGCUGUCCGUCCCACAACGCAAAAGAGACAAAGACGCAAAUCACAAUAGGGAAUAGAAAGGAGGUUUGGUACUCACUAGGGAGGCUCUGGAUGCGCUGGUUGGAGGCGGUCUCGUAGGAUCGCGACAGGGCGCGCAAGGCUUCGUAGCCAACGCCGAUGAGGACAAUGGCAAGCAGCGAGAUGAUGAGGGAGAGCGUGGAGCGGAUGUGCCAUUGGCGGAAGACAAUGCAGAGAUUCUUGGUGUCCCAG